AUGCAUCAAACUGGAAAUUCAAUCAAGCUACUCACAGGUAACUCACACCCUAGAUUAGCAGAACAAGUUGCAGCUCGACUGGGUAUCCCUUUAACACCAGUCCACGUUUCAAAAUUCUUGUCACUAGAAACAUCUGUUCAGAUUCAUUCUUCAGUUAGAGACGAAGAUGUUUUCAUUCUCCAAUCACCUUCUCCCCCUGAUAUCAAUGAUCACUUAAUGGAAUUGUUAAUCAUGAUUUCUGCUUGUAAAACAGCUUCUGCGAAACGAAUUACAGCUGUUAUCCCUUGUUAUCCUUAUGCGAGACAAGAUAAGAAAGAUAAAUCAAGAGCUCCAAUCACUGCCAAACUCGUCGCAAACUUGCUUGCAGUGGCAGGAGCAGAUCAUGUGAUAACAAUGGAUCUACACGCUUCGCAAAUUCAAGGUUUCUUCAAUAUUCCAGUCGAUAAUCUAUUCUCAGAACCGAGCAUGGUACAAUAUAUCAAGCAGGAAGUCGACGGGUGGAGAAACGCGAUUAUCGUCAGUCCAGAUGCUGGAGGUGCUAAGAGAGCAACAGGUUUAGCCGAUACUCUGAAUCUUGAUUUCGCAUUAAUCAAUCGAAAACGACGUAGAGAUAUGGCUGCGUCAAUAACUUUACCUACUGUACCACCCACCCCCACAGGAUCAGAUUCAGGUUCAUCACCUGGAGAUGACGAUGAUCCGUAUUUCGUUGAAAAGAUGGAAUUGCUUGUAGGAGACGUUAAGGGGAAAGUAGCGAUCUUGAUUGAUGAUAUGAUUGAUUCUGGUCAUACCAUAAGAUUGGCAGCGGGUGUUUUGAGAGAAAACGGUGCUCAAGAAGUUUACGCUUUGAUCAGUCAUGGUCUCUUGUCAGAUACAACAAUGGAGAAUUUGAGAGACCUUCCAGUUAAAAAAUUGAUAGUGACAAAUUCGAUAGAUCAAACAGAUCGAAUUACAGCUACUCAAGAUAAAAUUGAUAUUAUAGAUAUCGCACCCGUUAUCGCUGAAAGUAUAAGAAGAACUCAUAACGGUGAAUCUAUCUCAGCUUUAUUCAGACCCAAUGAAUUGCACUUCUAG